AUGAAUUCAAACAUUGCAAAUCCUCACAACGUGUACGAGGCUGCUGAAACGUACUGGUCGCGCAGCAGUCAGGAUGUGAAUGGAAUGCUUGGUGGAUUUUCACAGCUUCAUGAACCAGACGUAGCGAUGUCCAAAAAUUUCAUUAACAAUUUGAAGAAAAAAAAUAUCGCCACAAGCUUUGAGACAUGCCUCGACUGUGGCGCCGGUAUUGGUAGAGUUACCAAAAAUGUUUUGAUGCCAUUCUACAAAACUGUGGACAUGGUUGAUGUCAUUGAAGAGCUCAUUGUCAAAAGCUCUGAAUACAUAGGAACUGAUGACGGAAUUGGCGAGAAGUACGUUGAGGGUCUCCAGACAUUUCAGCCGGUUGAGAAGCGCUACGAUCUCAUCUGGAUCCAGUGGGUGUCGGGAUAUUUGACAGACGAUGAUUUAAAAGAUUUUUUCGUGAGAUGCAUCAAGGGACUUAAAAAGGAUGGAUGUAUUGUCCUCAAGGACAACGUCAUCAGCUUGGGCAACACGCUUUUCGAUAGUGAGGACAGCAGCUGGACGCGUCCAGAGCAACUUCUUCUCAACAUCGCGGAACGCGCUGGACUCAAAUUAGAGUCAAAGGCCAUUCAAACGGGCUUCCCAAAGGGAAUGUACCCAGUAAAGGCGUUCGCCUUCAAGCCGGCGCACCCCGUUGACGAUGAAGACUAA